GCGAAAAAUACCUGUCUCGAACAUCAGCUAGCCGAAUGUCAGGAUGAACAGCGUAUUUUGAAAACAGAUUUGGAGGCGCGCAAAGAGCUAUGUGAUAAAUUGGAUAAUGAAAAGGAUAAACUGAAUGCCGAACUAAAUGAAUUGAAUGAUGUUAAGAGGAAGUUGGAAAUGGAAAAUGAACGCUUACGCUUCGAUUUGGACAAAACGGAAAAGGGUAAGCAAAUGUCGGCGGAAACCUUAGAGGAACUUCUAGCAAAAACUCGACGUGAUUUGGAGGAACAAAUCAAGGUUGAUAGUAAAUUAAGUCAAGAAUUAGUCCAGUUGAGGAAACAAAAUGAUGAACUAUUGCACGAUCUGGAAUUGGAGCGUCAGAAACGUGAACAAAAUGCCACCUUGGCCCGUGAAUUUCAAGUACAAAAUCAAGAGCUGCGUCACAAUCUAACCGAUGAUCGUUUUCGUCAGGCUCGUUCGCGCGAACAAAGUCCACGCUAUCCUCCCGCACAGACAUUGUAG